AUGGGGGACAGUCAGAGUUACACCCUGGACCUGAUCCUGGACCUGAUCCUGGACCUGAUCCUGGACCUGAUCCUGGACCGGAUCCUGGACCGGAUCCUGGACCUGAUCCUGGACCUGAUCCUGAUCCUGGACCUGAUCCUGGACCUGAUCCUGGACCUGAUCCUGGACCGGAUCCUGGACCUGAUCCCGGACCUGAUCCCGGACCUGAUCCCGGACCUGAUCCUGGACAUGAUCCCGGACCUGAUCCCGGACCCGAUCCCGGACCCGAUCCCGGACCCGAUCCCGGACCCGAUCCCGGACCCGAUCCUGGACCUGGACCUGAUCCUCGACCUGAUCCCGGACCUGAUCCUGGACCUGAUCCUGUCGGAGGGAAGCUCCGGCAGCUCCGGCCUUUGUCCUGGAGGAAUGUGCCUGCACAGGACAGCAGGCGCACAGUAA